UGGCGUGCCUUUGUUUCUUUCCAUAACAAGACCAGCAGGCAUUAGGAAAAGCAAAGAACAAUGAAUAGAGAGAUUUCCUUACACUAAGUCUAGACAGCUUUUUUCUUCUACAGAUACAUGGUAUGACUUAGAAAACCGGGUAUCCUACAGAGCGGGACUAGAAACACCUCCCACACAACCACUGAGCGCCUUCCUCCUCUUUGCUCAGUACAAAUGAUCCUUUCGCUACUUUUUUGAAGUUUGAGGUACAUUUUACAACCCAUAAGAAAGAACAAAAGUUCUGCUGAACAAGAGCUCCUCACUGUCACCUGCUUUUAAUAAUUAUUGAGAAAGAUGACGUGGCUUCAGUCAAUUCUCACUGGAAACUUUGUACUGCCUUAUGCGCUACAAGAUGCAUUUUAUUUCUGUUCUGCAUUCAAAGGACCAUCUCUUGUGAGCAUCGAGGAGAGAAGCACUCGUGAUACUAUCUGUAAGGAAAUACAGAGUUUCCGCCGACAGAUGCAGCUACCUAUUGACAUCUGCUUUUUGCAGCUGCUGGGUAUCACAGCAUAGGCAGCACUUCACUGGCAGAGAUACCUGGCCAGAAACAAGCAAUUCUGUUCCACCAGAACUGAGGAGCUUCUUUGCAUCAUUUGAAAAGAAAAAGGGGAGAAAAGGAACUGGGGAAAAAAACAUGAGUCCUUCAAGUACGGAGUCCCUUGAAACUGGCACUUCAACCUUUUAUGACUUUUAUGAUAAUUAUAAUGAUGCUCCACAACCUUGCAGUAAGGAAACCGUCAAGAGGUUUUCAGCCUCUUUCCUCCCUGUUCUGUAUACCCUGGUAUUCCUGGUUGGGCUAAUAGGAAACACUCUGGUCAUUGUGGUCCUCUUUAAAUACAAGAGACUGAAGAGCAUGACUGAUGUGUACCUGUUAAACCUCGCCAUCUCAGAUUUGCUCUUUGUUUUAUCCCUGCCGUUCUGGUCUUAUUUUGUGAUAGACCAAUGGGUUUUUGGAACUCCCUGGUGUAAAAUUAUUUCGUGGAUCUAUCUGGUUGGGUUCUACAGCGGGAUAUUUUUUAUUAUGCUUAUGAGCAUAGACAGAUACCUGGCAAUUGUUCGUGCAGUGUUUUCCAUGAAAGCAAGAACUGCCUUCCAUGGCCUGAUUGCCAGUCUUAUUGUAUGGCUGGUAGCUCUUUUAGCCUCAGUUCCAGAACUUGUAUUUAGAGAAUCUUCUGUUGAGCAAAAUUAUACUACUUGCAAGCUGAGAUAUCCAAGCAACUACAUGACAUGGAAACUCUUCUACACUUUGGAAAUCAACAUUUUUGGGCUCCUACUCCCUUCUAUAGUUAUGGCAUUUUGUUACUCCAUGAUUAUUAAAACUUUACUUCACUGUAGAAAUGAGAAAAAGAAUAAGGCUGUGAAGAUGAUCUUUGCUGUCAUGGUUGUGUUUUUCUUCUUCUGGACCCCUUACAAUAUCGUCAUUUUAUUACAACUGCUGGAAGCCACUGGAGUCAUUGGAAGCUGUCAAGUAAGUAAGAACCUGGACUACGCGUUUCAAGUAACUGAAACCCUUGGCCUUUUUCACUGUUGCCUCAAUCCAGUCAUCUAUUUCUUCAUGGGGGAAAAAUUUAAGAAGUACCUGAAGAUGCUCUUUAAGAACUGGCAGUUACCUGGAGAUAUUUGUAAGUGGUGUGGACUUCACAUCACUUACCCCACCGAGUCUACUGGAUCGUUCCACACACAGUCCACAGGGGACCAAGAAGCUCUGUAACACGUGCCGCACCAACUGACCAAAAUAAACUGACAAAAACAGGGACUUCAAGAAGCUCAGAAGAUGCACAGGCAUUUAAGUCGGCCAGUCUUUGAUGAUAACUUCAUCUUUGAUUUCAGAUUUUCUGAAUACUAUGACAGAAGCUGUCCUAGAUGUGAGAUCUGGCAGACAGACACGUAAUGGUUUAUGUGCCGCAUUUAGAAGUCACUGCUCAGAUGUAACAGCAGCCUUGACUCACCGCAAGUACUACACUCUGUUGCUUGUUUUCCACCAGCAUCAAGAAACGAUUGGACUCAAUGGCUGCAGAGCAGAAACAACUUGCUAUCUCAAAGUGCAUUUGAAAAGUAUCUUUGUUUAUUCGAGGAGAAGGUGGUUAUUACCAUAUUUUUUAUUCCUCAGCUGAUCUGCGUAGGCUUUGUUUGCUCAGACAUUUAGCAAUCUAUUAACAAUAUCAGCUGCUGUUAAAAGUUUCAUCUCAGGAAAGGCGUCACCUUCUGCCAUUAUGUAAAAAAGGACACAAAACAUACUCAACGUGCACAAAGAUGCCAGUGCAUUACGUUGUGCUAUAAAUCUAGCUUUGUUUUCUUUCAAGUAUCCAGAUUGUCUACGUAUAGGUAUAUAUAGGCAUUUUUUAAUGACUUAAUCACCAUAAUUCAGGAUGGCAAUUCUUUCUUUUUUUUUUUACUUAACAUUGAAAAUGUGGUGGGUUUUUUGU